AUGGCUCUUCGCAAAAGAAUUGCAGAAACACAAUAUGUUGGUCAUCAAAUGCUCCCAUCACUGAUUAAGGCAUUGCACUUGAAGGCAAGAGGACUGAAGAUGAAAUGUAUCCGAUCUGGUACAUAUGAGGGAGAGGUUACCUAUACUAACACUAAAAAUAGGGUAUGGAGGUAUCCUGUGAACCUAAGUACUAGAGAAUGUACUUGUAGGCAAUGGCAGAUCCGUGGGAAGCCAUGCAUACAUGCCCUACAUCUGAUGACCGUUAUCGGGGGUGCAGAUGGUGAAGUUGAUCAAUAUUGCUCUGAGUAUUUCUCUGUUGCCAAAUUUAUGGCUGCUUAUGCUGACAAUGUGCCUGCACUAUUGGGGAGAGAUCAAUGGAACAUAGUAGAUCCGGGGUUCAAACUCCACGCUCCUGUCAUUACUAGACCACCAGGAAGACCAAGGAACCAGAGGAUUAGAGCAGGUGAGGAGGGUCGUCUACCAAAGAAGCGUGCUUGCAAAAAAUGUGGAGUUCUGGGGCAUAUUGCUAGGCUUUGUACCAAUGCAGUGGAUGCAUCAUUUGGAGAAGAGGAAAGAUGGACAACAGCAUUUGCUGAGGAGAAUGCAGCAGCAAUGGAGACUGAAGAUGCAGUGGAGAAUGCAGCAGCAAAUGAAGCAGUGGAGAAUGCAGCAGCAAAUGAAGCAUCUUGCUCUAGGGAGAAAAGGCCAAGAGAUGAAGAAGCAGAAGAUUUUGAAACCAUGGCCUUUGAUGGUUUUGAAGCUAUAAGAGAGGAAGAGGAGGGGGUAAUUUUUCCAAUUGUGCCUUUAAAGAUUAAUGAACCCAUAGAUGACUGUCAAAUGGUCGUCAAGUGCUCGGCGAGUGGAACUACUCCAUCAGCACCUCCACGGGGAAAACCCCAAGUAAAGCCCAAGAUCAAAAGGAACAAGAGUCUGAAAGAAAAGAGCAUCUCAACUACGGAAAUCAGGAGCAAGACGGUGAAGCCAGCUGCAAACACAAGGAGCAAGUCAAAAAUUUGAAUUAAGUUGUUGGGAAAUGUUUGUGUUGUCAAUUUGAGGGCGAGUCCAUCGCUUAAAACUUGGUAGAUUUGUAUUAAGAUGUUGGCAUCUUAAAACUUGGUAGAUUUGAGCUACUGUGAAAACUUAUCAGUUGUAAUAAUGUUGCUUCUACUUUGGUUUCUUAUUUGAGUCAGAAUUCAAAUUUCCAUCAAAAUUUGAAUUUAAAUCAACAUUUGAAUUUGGGCCAAAAUUUGGAUUCGAGCCAAA